AAUAUGUACUCGCUCCGUGUUCCUCCAACGACAUCCACUCUCGCCCAAUCGAUAUUUCUCCGUUCCCCGUAGAGAUAGCUUUCCUGCCCGCGGCGCCGUCCUAUUCAACUCGAUCUCUCUCGAUGCGACUGUGAAAAUGAUGAACUCCAUGGCAACAGCCGCCGCUACCCCUUCUCCUUCUCCUUCUCCUCCCUCUCAAUGCGUCAAAUUCAGGGCGCCUCAUCAUCCCUCCGCGAAAUUCCCGCGAUCGUCGCCUCCCCGGUCUUGCCGUCGUCAUCAUGUGAUCUGCUGUUCUCGGUUUGUGGCCAGCGACCUCAAGUUCGUGUUGCACGACGCUUUGGACUCGUCGGGCGUCGACGCUACUCUUGCCAGAGAGGCAAGGAAGGAUUUCCGCUCGCAGAUUGGAAACUUGUCUGAUAUAGAGAGAGAAACCAGCAUUAGCAUUAACAGAGGUGUUGAUUUGGGGAAAACUGCUCUCUAUAUAGCAGCGGAGGAUGAUUCCCUUGUUUCUCACUCUUCAGUACCUCUCCCUGUGGAGGCAUUUAUUCAAAGACUGGAUGACCUCUCGAUGGGAUACUGCUCCCACUACAAUUCUCGGUUCAAGUCAUCACCAGAGACUUUUUUGGACAGUUUAGAUAAGUAUUUAUAUGCGAGGAAGGGAUUUCGCAGAAGCAAUGCCAGGAGUUUGCUAGAUUUUCGAUCUCUGUAUCUCCAUUCGGUUUUGACGCACCGCUCAGGGUCAGCUGCAAUGCUUUCCCUUAUCUAUUCAGAAAGCUUGAAAAUGCUGAGACUUUGGGGUCUUCUGAAUUUUGAUGUGGAGAUAUUCUUUCCACAUGAUCUUGAAGGUCUUCCAAGAGGCUAUGAUAAACAGAAAAGCAAAGAUUCUGAUCAAUCACACAUAAUGACUUCGCAAGCCCUACUUGUGGAGAUUUUGAGAGAUUUAAAGGGUGCUUUCUGGCCAUUUCAACAUAACCGUAACGAGAGUCUAUUCCUAAGGGCUGCACAAGCUGCUAAUUGUUCCGACAGAUCCAACGCUAGUGAAGAAAGUGGCUUUCAGCUUGCAUCUACCAAGGCUGCUCAAUACAGAUUGGAUCGUGGAGUUUGGACUAGUGUUCGUCUUGGGGAUAUGAGGCGUGCAUUAGCUGCAUGUGAGCGUCUUAUCCUUCUCGAGUUUGAUCCGAAGGAACUAAGAGACUACAGCGUUCUUCUCUAUCACUGUGGUCUAUAUGAGCAGUCUCUGGAAUAUCUCAAGUUGUACAAGGAGACAAAGAUUUCCUCUUUAAAAGAUAUACCAAGUGAUCCUUCCAGCAUCAUGGAGGAUGAUGCUGAAGAGAAACUCAUGGUACGCCUCAAUCUCAUAUUGAUGGAGGACGGCUGGGGAAGUCCGACACAUGCUAGGAAUUUUCUCAGUAACAAUUCAGAACCAUGGUGAAGGCUCAUCUAUAGUAGGGGACAGUAACAACUUGAGAUGCUUCUGUCACCAUUUAGGUUUGUGAAUGAUAAGACUAGAAUGAACCCCCAGGAACAACUGACUAGAGUUGAACAUGCAACCACAAGGAUUAGAAGGACCAUGGGCGAUUGUAGUCUUUGGGGAAGAGGAGCAAAGGUCAAGUGAAUUGCACGAAAUUCAGGUCCGAAAAGAAUUGUUCACCCUGGUGGAAAAGCUCAAAAAGCUUCCUUUUGAUUUGCCUUGCUGUGCAUUCCGUGUGGUUCACGUCGUUGGCAACUCUUGUAAAUUUUAGUAAGUCAUUCUGUAUAUUCCAAGUAAUCUCACGUUGGCGAUCACAUAACUGCACCUUCAGUUUUCUACCAAGUUGUACUUUAUUCUGGCAUGAUGCUUGAGAUUUUUUCCUGUGUCUGCGAAAUGCAUUUUCG